ACGCCAUCGUCCGCCCCCCGCCUACCCCUUUUCUCCUUUUCCCCCUCUCCUUUCACCCCAAAACCGCCUAAUUCAUCUUCUCCUCCCUCGGCGUAGACGAAUACUACUAGGUACUUCCUGGCCGGUAAGCUCCUGCCCCGUACGACUGUGAAAGUUGGCAUUCUGGGGAGAGUGGCUCACCCGAUGGUUGUUUAUGCAGGUAGCAGCACAAUGUCCGAUCCGGUACCCGAGGGACAAGGAGAUGGCGGACAGGCCCCCGACUGUCCCGUGAGAGCCUGCCGGCUGUGUCUCCCGCAGCGCUUCCAAUACGAGUGGGACGUCGCCGAGGCCAAGAUGGAACUCGCCUCCCAGACCGUCGACCGCUACAACGCAUGCUGGUCCGCGCCGACGGGCGGCCCGGACCACCUCGACCCCGACGACAAGGACAAGCGGCUGCGCGAGAUCGGCGCCCUGCUCGUCGCCCAGCUGCGCGACGCCAUGGAGGCGGCCCGCCGGUGCUGGGCCACGCGCGAGAUGCUCCUCGACAUGGAGCGCGCCUGGCGCGAGAACGACGACGACGACGACAUCGACGUCGGCCACGACGUGCUGCUUCUGGGUGAUGAUGGGCAGUGAGGCGUUCGUUUGCUCUUGUUUUUGCAGUGGUGAUGGUGGUGGUGGGUGUGGUACUGGUCGCGGAAGUGGUAAUGGUGGUGAUGGGCA